GGGCGGGACCGCUGGGGCGGAGUGCGGUGGCCCCGGCGGUGACGGCCAGAUGGUCUGGUGCCCCCUUCUGCCUACCGUCUGCGCCGCAUCCCCCGCGCGCGGCGGCGGCGCGGCGGACGCCGACGAAGAUAGGGGCGCGCCCUGGGAAUCGAAGAACAGACGACGGCACGAACAGAAGUUUCCAGAGGUCCGCGCGGAUUUCUUGGACCUCGGUUGGACGCUCCUGAGCCGCCUCCGAGCGGACCUUGGAAAGUCUGGGUUUGUGCAGCUUUCUGCUCCUCCAUAGGGAAGGCCGACGCCGCCGCCGACUACGUGCCAGUCUACAGCAUGCUGCCCCCGGGCUACAGCAUGUUCCCCGCCCUCGGCCCCUCUCCGCGGGCCCGCAGCGCGUCGUCGCCGGAGGGGAGCGGCGGGGAGUGGGCCGGCGCUGGGGGCCAGCCUGACGCCGAGCCAGGGGCGGCUCCGCCUCCUGCGAGCGAGGCCACCGAGGCAGCGGUCGCCGGCCUCCCAGGCGAGGGGCAGUGGGUCUGGUUCCCCGCAGGCGGCGACGCUCCCAGGGCCGAGUGGGGCGGGGAGUGCCAGGGCGACUGGCCUCCAGCGCGCCAUUCGAGGAGGCGCUCUGGGCUCCGGGCGAAGACGAGGGAGUGGUACCCGAACCGCAGCUCCAAGCUCACCUCCAGGGUCGUGGCAGUGCUCGAGAGCGCGCCCCCGCGACUGGCCCACAGCACGGCGCCCGACGGGUGGGUGCCCAUCAACGCCGUGUUCGCCGCAGACACAGAGCUGGCGGAACUGUGCUAUGGCAACCCGCAGCAGCUGGUCCUGGCGAUCAGGAAGUGCCCCGAGUCCUGCCACUACCUCGUCGCCGACAGGGACAGGGAGGCUGUGCGCCUGCUGUCGGGGGCCGAGCGUAUCUGCAUGCUCUGCGAGACCUACGUGUUGGAGAGGGUGAAGUGGGUGCCCGGGCCAGCUCCGUUCUUGGAGCUCCUUCAGCAUCCCCCGGUCCAGAGCCUCUUGGCGACCGUCGGGGAAGGCGCGGCGACGCCCUCGGACAGCGACUAUGAUGCCUCCGUCGGCAUCGUCCACGUUGCGCUGGCGGACUCGACGCUACUGGAGCUGGUGGCGGACGAGUCGGGCGAGUGGUCAGUGGCGCUGCUGCCUCUCUGGCGUCCCCUGCGCGUAGUGCUCGAGCACAUCCUCGAGAGCGACAAGAAGAUACUCUCCACGCUGCAGCGCGAGGGCGAGGUGUCGCUGGCGUACCUGGCGGAGACCCCAGCCGUGCGGAAGAUGCUGAAACGCCUCGAGCUCAACGACACGCACUCGGCCCUGUCGUGCCUGCGCGAUGCUACGCAAGAGCUGAAGGGCGCGCAGCUGGAUGCAUCCGGUAUGAGCCUCGUCCCCCUCGAGGCCAUCCCCGACGUUGGCCUCAAGGCCUGGGAAAAGCGGAGGCGGGAAAGGCCCUCCCGGUCGUCAUGGUCCAAGUGGCACCCCGAGGAGAAGGACGUGAAGAAGUUGCGGGACCUCUUCGCGUUUUAUUUCGACGCCUUCAACCUGCAGCACAACAAGGUCCUCAUGGCCAGGGUCGAAGCCGUCCGCGAGAUGGAUGCAUGGCGCGCGAAAAACCCAAAGAGCAGAGGCACUCGCCCGUUCUUCCGCGUCUCGGACAUGCAGGCUUUGCCGCGCAUCGCAGCCGUCCUGAACAGCUACGACCAGGAGGGGCUCGGCUGGCUGCUGGAGGCCGUUUUCCAGAGCAGCGACAGCUUGCCUGUGCGCCUGUCUUGGAAGCAGGGGCGGCAGAGUCGGGAGCAGCCGGUGCUCGAGCUGUCCUACACGCCGUGCUUUCGCUACUUCGACUUCGUCGAGAGGAGCCCAGAGACCGAGUUUCUCCUGGAUCCAGAGCCGAUAGCUGGACCGUCCAGCCAGCUCGCCCCUUCGCACGUGGUGUGCGCGAUCUCGUAUUCCGUGUCGUCGGACCUCUCGCACGCACAGUCGCCAAAAGUGACUGAGAUCCAAGAGCAGAUCAUGAAUGGCCAGGUGGACUCGGGCGUGCUCGCUUGGGAGGAAAGGCAGCGGAAGCUGGUUAGGCAGCUCAAGCUGCACGGCGCCGACGUGAUAUGCAUCCAGGGCGUUCAGAGUAUUGGCUUCAAAGAGCGCAGCAGCGAGAAGGAUCCAGAAUGGUUCGCUUGCGACGAUGAGCCAGCAACCAACCACUUGGUGCACCUCUACCGGGACAUGAACAGGUCGAACUACAGCGUCGUAUUUUCGCCUACCAUGCACAUGCCGUCGAGUUCCGCACUCUGCCUCGGUAACGCCAUAUUCUGGAAGCGCAACCGAUGGCACGCAGAAAGGGUUUGGGCAAUCACCCAGACUGCCGUGGUGGUAGAGCUGGUGUCAAAAGCCGAGUGCCCGCCGCUGACCGUGUGCAGCUACAAGCCCCCGGAGGUGUGGGCACAGGACUGGGGCGAGGAGCUCCUGGUGGCGGACUUGUUGAAGCCCGCGGAGCGCGUGCGGGCGGCCCUGGACCCUGCCGUGGCAGAGCGCGGCUCGCGGCUGCUGUGGUGCGGGGACUUCGGCCUGGAGCCCCGAGAGCUGCUGCCGCCGCUCGUCCAGCAGGCGCCGCCGCACGGGGAUCCGCCGGAGGUGGGCACGGUGCGCAGCGCGUGCGAGUCGGUGGUGGGUUGGAGCCCCUGGACAUCUGCUUGCAAGCACUCGGAGGGGAAGGCCACGGACCUCAUCCUGUACGACCACGGCCUCCGCGCGCUCGCGGCGCUGGGCGGGCUGCCGGACCGCAUGGACCUGGCGAAGCUUCUGAGGGCGGGAAACCCCUCGGACCACCUGGUCCAGGUCGCCGCCUUCUCGUGCGCGGGCGGGGGGCGCGGCGCUCACUCCAGGUGCGCCCAAGAGGAAGCGCCGGCCGAAGCCGCCCUCCGGGGCCACUGGCCGGAGCUUCAGGGGCAGGCCGGCGCUGCCUUCCAGUGAAGGGGCGUGCGCUGGGGCGGCGCCUGCAGUCGAGGUCGGACCCCCUGGCCGCCUCGAGCUCCCGGGGCCCUCACGUGGCGGCACGCGCUGCGCGGUCUGGCCACGGGGCGAAGAGGCGGGUCGAGCUGCAGGGGCUGCCUGCAGGCGAGAGGCCGUCAGGCAGGGGGGCUAGGCGCUGUGCUGCGCCUGCUCGGAGAAUUCGGGGCACGUCUGCACCCACGAGCGAGGAGCCCAGUAGGGGCCUCUAGAUAUGCGUUCCGUUCGUGAGUUGUGCUAUCUGCUUAAUUUGUUUGGGGAGGUCGGCACCGCAGGUGCAGCGGAUGCCCGCCUUCCCAAUGCACCUUGUAGCGCGCGAUUGGAUCUCAAAGGCGCUCACGCCAGGGCAGCAUGGGCAGGUUGUUGCUGGCGAUAAAAGAUAGGCACCAAGCCAAAAUGCCCAGUAGGGCCACUACCUGAUGAAAUUCGCCGAGGGAAUGUAAUUGAGCCGCGCCUGAAACAUCUAGG